UAUCCAAUAAUAUGGAGCCCAUCAUUACAAGUGCAGACACAGCAUUUAACAACAGCCAUAGGGCAUUGGUCUUCAAAGAUAUAACCGUCGAAUUAUCUACACAAGGCGACUUUCAUUUGACAGAAGCUGUUCUUCUCGUCCUAGAAAUCACUUUAAAUGGCAAG